UCCCUUUUUUAUUGAUACAAAAACAACAGUUUCGUUGUCACCAUAAUAUGUGUCUAGAGUCAGUGAAUCUGUUCGGAAUCCAUUUGUUACGGAAAUAUUUUCUUUCUCGUAACAAUCUUAAUUGAUCAACCAAGUAACUAACAGCAUCAUUUUGCGACAUUUGCGAAUUUACUCGCAGUUUUAUUGAUCGUUUUUCGAUCGACAACGACAGCAAAUUACAAAUCGACCAGCAAAAAUGUCUAAGGAAAUGAUGAUUGUUUUCGUCUACGACACAGAAAUUUGUCAAGAUGAGGCAGACGAUCCGGUCAAAGCCGUACUGUAUUUCCAUCCGAGCUGGGUAUCGGAUUCUCAGAAAUUGUCACUAUGUGGACAACUGAUGGGAACAGCUCAGUUUCUGCGGCAGAGUUUUUCCCAACCGAAGAUCAUAUCUUUGCAGAAUGGGAAGUUUGUGCUGAAGGAAUUCGGUAGAUUCGUCUUGGUUGUUGGGUCCGACAGAAAUCAGUCGACGUCAAUUCUGGAACAUCGAGCGGAAUUGUUGUCGUCGAUGGUUCGAUUAUUUCAUUGCGACAUUCAGACAGUGUUCGAUCAGUUUGCUAACACCGACGAUCACUACAAAAGUCUGUCCGAUAAGCUCUAUCACACAUUCGAAACGGUUUUGCCCAUCUUACAGUACAAUGGGAACGUGUUUCAGAACAUGCCCAUAUCGCGACUGCCAAAGAGUGCUAGCAACAUAUUUCUGGACUCGAUGCAAACGCUACAGAGUUGCCAACAAAUGAAGGGCGUUCUCGGCGGAGCAAUAUUUUACAACAACAAAGUCGUCGCUACUCAGCUGUCGCCGGACAUAACCAAGAAUCUGGUCCUCACCGAUCCAUUUCGUAUUAAAACGACAGCCGAAAACCUCUCUGUCGAAUUUCACGUUCCAAUUGGCGUACAAUUGAUCGCCCUAUUCAUUCCCGUCAAAGAAUACCGAAAACUGAGCCUCGCAUCGCAGCGCGCCCAAUCGAUAACAAAUCAGAAUGCCAAUCCCAUCGCACCGUUUCAGUUCAAGAAGAAAAUGAAGCGCGACAAGUCAAUCAUUUUCACGAACAUUCCGGAGGAAGGUGUUGCCGAAGUGGACACCGUCGAUGCAAAGAAACCGUCGAAAAUGCCGUCACAGCGACCGAAUCACCUUCCGUUACGGUUCAAGAACAUCACAUCAAGGGACAUUCCGGAAAGUGGAUUCAGUUCGAUCAAUUUCGAUGAAACGGACAGUUUUCCGCAGUUUAUUGGGAAAACGAGUGUGUCGUCGACGCCGAUGACGGAAAAUAAAGUCUUGCACGGUACCAUAAUGCCGAUCUGUGCGAAUACAGAUCUGCCAGACAUUGCCGAGACGAACAAACAAAGCGAGGUGACGGAAAAAUUGAACAAAUUCAAUUUGAACAAAUCGGUCAGUACCUUCAUUAACAAUCCGUUUCGAAUUGAAAAGCGCCGAAAUUCGAUGACUGACUUGCAAGACUCAUUGAAGAAAAUAUCGAAACGUUUGUCGAUUCGAACAUUCGGAAUUGGAUUAACGAAAUUGGAUAAAGCCGAACCAGAUGCGGUGGAAAUGGACGACAUUGAUAUUGAUGAUGCCGAAUCGAGGACAUAUCGAACAAUCACCGAUCCCACGUAUCCAGUCUUUAACAGCAACGGCGCCCCGAUUUCGAAGUAUUUAUUUCAAGACAUUCUCGAACGACAAAACGCACUGAACGCCAAAGCGAACGAAAUUGACGAAAACACGUUUACACUGGAUGGGUUCGAUGGUGAGAUGAACGAUUCGCCGGUCGAUCAUCCGAAUGAUACAAGCGCAGUCGUUCCGAAAACCGAUGUCGUACCCUUGAAGCCGAACAAAAUCGCUUUGAAUCUUCCACUAAAGUCGCUGUCGUUCGACAGUCAAACUCUCACCGAUCCAACAGCCGUGGCCAGUACGAAUAUUUUCGAUCUGCCAGCUCAGCGAAAAAAGCUGUCUGGCAUUCAGUUGACUCCAUUGAUGACGAAACUGUCGAUACUGGCGAUGAAUGAUGAACGUUCCAGUGGAUUCUCGAGUUGGGACACAACGCCAGGCGUUGACUUGGCAACGCCAUCGGAUGGUGCAAAAAUGUUCCGCAGACGUUCUUCGGUCAAAUGUGAAGAUAUUAUGGACAGUGUCGAUGAACGAAGUCUCAGCAUUCAGCGCCAGCGAGUGGAAACCUUCAUUUGUGGCCAGCAAAAUAUGACCCUGUUGCUGUUGUUGGAAGAGAACUCUUGCCAGAAGCGGGAGCUUGUGCAAUCAAUGUUCGACAUCUGUGUCUCCCGCUUAACGCGUCUGGAAGCUAGUCUCAAUCAAAUUUUGAAUGUGAGUGUGGAUGGGGACAAAAGUGAGGGCAAUUACAGUUUUCUGUCGGUCGAUCCGAACUGGGAUACAUUGCAAAGGUGCGGUCCAUGGUCGAACAAGGACCUCGAGCAUGUGGAACAGAUGCGACAUGACUUUGUUAGGAUGAACAACACAACCGACAUGAUCCUAAGAACCGAAGACGCAGUUGUAUAUGGCUACCGAUGUGGUCAAUCGGGCAUCUUCUACAAGCAAAGUUCAGCGACACAAAAUGGACUACCCGCGCCCGCUGAUGUUAUGGGCACUAUUUCGGUAUCGGCUAAGCGACGUCUCGAGCGCGAUCAUUCCAUUAUUUUAAUGUAAAAACAAAUCCAUUGUUGCUACUAAGUCGCCGUGUUCGCCAGCAGAGUCGAUCAAAUUCCUAGCUGUCUCGGUAAUCCAAGCAACGUUGCAUUACGAUUGGUUUACCUAAACUAAUAAUUCGGUUGUCGAUCAGCGAUGACCAACAUUUUUACGAGCAGCUUCCGGCGAGUCAUUUUUGCUUUCAAAUUUUUAUGUUGACAGAAAUGUGUAGCUGAGAUGCUUUGCUUGGUUGUCAUUGUUCGUAAAAGUUAUCAUAAAUGAAUGGAGCGAAGUUUCUAGGUGUGCUGAAGGUGAAUUGUUUGAUUGAGCAAAGCAAGUAUCGCUGUAAAUGUUGCUUGAGCAUGGGUGGUGUCUAGAUGGGUGUCAACCGACAGUUUCAAGUUGUUAAAAAAAAUUGUCAACAUUAUGAACAGGCGAAAAGACUAUUUGAUUCGCGCUGUGUUUGAUCACUUGAUCACUUGAAGCGAAACCAUUCCGUUUUUUAUUGAAUAAGUCAACCAUAGUCAGAUCACUGUAUGUGGCUGACUGCUCGUCGUUGUAGUGUUUACUUGUUGUGUAAGUUGUCGGGUGGGAUGUGAAACACAAAAUUCUACUUUAUUAUUACUAAGCCAUAAUCGACACGAAGUAAAUUUGUGCCAAAUAUGAAUGUUUAAGUUAAUGGUCGUGUCGUAGUCAAUGUUCCUUUCGUUAAAAUUACCAAAAAAUUUAUAUUUAUGAAAUAAAAGAAACAAAAAAUCUUAUUUUUAACUAGAGAACUAAGCCAUUUUAAGCAGUGAUGAAAGACAAUUUUUUCUUCUGAUUGUCGUCUUCAUCAUGUUUUCAUUUCAUCUCAAAUUACCAUCAGUUAGUGCAUGUAAUGCCGCUGAAGAAUAAUAAAUAUAAAUGAAAAAUGUUUGAAGUGUA